GACUAAUAUAUUGGAAAUUUUGUAGAACAAAAGCAUCUCGAUGACAGAUAUGUACCUGGAUAGUACGGAUCCAAGUGAAAACGUCGGACAGAUUCACUUUUCAUUGGAAUAUGAUUUUCAAAACACGACGCUAAUAUUAAAAGUACUGCAAGGCAAAGAGCUGCCAGCGAAGGAUUUAAGUGGAACUUCCGACCCCUAUGUACGAGUGACAUUGUUGCCAGAUAAAAAGCAUCGCCUGGAGACCAAGAUAAAAAGAAGAACUUUGAACCCGCGCUGGAAUGAAACAUUCUAUUUCGAAGGCUUUCCAAUACAAAAACUGCAAUCGCGAGUCCUUCAUUUACAUGUCUUCGAUUAUGAUCGUUUCUCAAGAGACGAUUCCAUUGGUGAAGUAUUUUUGCCUCUGUGCCAGGUGGAUUUUGCUGGCAAGCAAUCAUUUUGGAAGGCGUUGAAGCCGCCAGCCAAGGACAAAUGCGGCGAACUUUUAUCGUCACUAUGCUAUCAUCCUUCAAACUCAAUUUUAACGCUGACAUUAAUCAAAGCAAGGAAUCUAAAAGCUAAAGAUAUCAAUGGAAAGUCAGAUCCGUAUGUGAAAGUUUGGCUUCAAUUCGGCGAUAAACGCGUAGAGAAGAGAAAAACACCAAUAUUUACCUGUACGCUUAAUCCAGUCUUUAAUGAAUCCUUUAGCUUUAAUGUGCCAUGGGAAAAGAUUCGUGAAUGCUCCUUGGACGUUAUGGUCAUGGACUUUGAUAAUAUUGGUAGAAACGAGUUGAUCGGCCGAAUACUCUUAGCUGGUAAGAACGGUUCAGGUGCCUCAGAGACAAAGCAUUGGCAAGAUAUGAUCUCGAAACCCAAACAAACUGUGGUACAAUGGCAUCGCUUGAAGCCCGAAUAGAUUUCGAUCUGUGGCAAUUAAUAAUAAUAGGGCUCCAAUUAAUGCCCUUAAU